AUGUCUGAGAUUUCGGAAGAACUUUGGGCUGUAGUCAAUAAAGGAACUGGUGAACAUUGCUUCCUCCGGAAGAAUUACAAGAUUGCAAAUGAAUAUUUUCAAGCCUCAUUGAUUUUGCAACCGGGAAAAUUGGAUUCAGUUUACCUUUUAACUAAUUCUCAAGCACAUGAAGCAGAUCUCGAUAAGGCUUCGAAGGUUUUAAAUGAGAAUAUAAAAUCAAAUGACUUUAAGAAUCAUUUCAAGUGCAAUUUGCAAGAGUGUGAUAUUUCUUAUGAAGCCAACAAUUUCGAACAGUCGUCACUUCUUGUUAGUAACAAAAUGCGUCAUUUUUUGAGAAAAACUUCUGAAAUUCCUCAUAGUAGUAAAACGUCACAAGCUCGAGCCGAUGAAGCAAAACAUAAAGGAUUUAAAGCUUCUGAACUUGAACAUCGUUUUGACAUGAUUCAAACAAAUUUUGAUGAUACAAUAGGAAAAAAUGCUGGAAAUUGCUUGUUCAACCAAAGAAAAUACUUUAACAAAAUUUUGCGUACUUGGAAACCUGAUGAGAGGUUCAAACCUCCACCAAUGAAAUCUAUCAUUCUUUCCAAAUCAGAUGAUUGUGACAUUGUCAGCAUAAAUGAACAAAUUCAAGAGGAAAAAUCUGUUAAGGAAAAACAUCGAUUAGGAGUGCUGAAACGGAAAUUUGCACAAAGCUAUAUGAAAUCAGCAUGGAAUGAUCUUGCUUUCAUCAAUGAUUUAAAAAUGAAUACAAUCUUGAAAGAAUCAAAUCAAAAUUCUGAAAGCUUUUCGUUUAUAAAUAAAACAAUUGACGAAUGUAUAGAGACUACAAAUACUUUAACUCAACAAUUGUACUCUCGAUAUCCUCUUUAUGCUUGCAAACGAAGAAUGUUUCCAAAUCCUCAAAAGCAGGAAAAUGAAAUGAGAAUUGGAAAAUAUCGUGAAAUGUUAAAAACGCGCAAUGAAAUGUUUAAAGCGUUGGAUGAAAUUAAAAAGUGUCGAAAGGAAGGAUAUUUAGACAAAUUGAUUAAAAUUGCAGAUCACGAACUAAGCUUCCACUACCAGAUAAAAUCGACAUGUUUGAUGCCGCGAAAAAUAGAAUUUACAAUUGAGAUCUGCAAUCUAAUAGGAUUAUCGCAUUUGGAUCGAUUGAAACUGCCAGAAAACAUCGAAAAUAUGACAAGUUUUGACAUUUUAGCUUCAGUCUUUGAAGUAAAAUUUAGCAAUCAGCAAGCGAUUACACCUUACGUGUUCGGUGAUCAAAGCACGUAUCGAGAUCCAGCCGAGCCUGAUACUUCAUUUCUCGUAUUCAAAAAUAAUGUCACUCGAUAUGAAAACAGACUCAAACAUGCUAAUCUUUCAAUUGAAAAAUGUCAUUUGUAUCAUGAAAUUGGUAAACAGAAUUUGAAACAAAAUAAAUAUGAGCAGGUUGAAUAUUUUGCUCGUAAGAUUAUGAUGGAAGCAGACAACGCUCGAAGCUAUUUAUGGACGUUUCUUGGGCAAAUUUUAGUCGUAAAAGCAGAUGUCGUUCAAAAAAAUGUCCAUAAAAUUAAUCAAAACCUAAUGACAGCUCUAAAGCUGGUUGAUCGUUUUGAAAACACUUAUUUGCAUGAUGUUAUUGCACUUUGUGAAGAGAUUUCCCGAGAAUUUAUUUAA